UAUAAAUAUUGAUUUGCAUCAUAUCAAAGCUCCCAUCUAAGAAAAUAUUCCAUGUGGUUCUUUUAAUAUUUAGGGGAAAUGUAAACAAUCGUAAGCCUUACAAGGAGGGAUCACCAUGUUCCAUGUGCCCUGACGGCUAUUCCUGUGAGGACUCUCUCUGUGUUUCUAGUGCUGACUUGGAAGGAACCACUGCAUCCCCUGGGCCUACUGGACUGGAAUCAACUGCCACCCUGACCACAAGCCCCAAAUCAAUCUCCAUCACAACAGGUCCAACAUCUACCACAUCAGAAACUCCCAAACCCAUCACAGAAGCAGAACCUGAAUUCCCUACAACCAAAGGGCCUACCUCUUCCCUAGAACCAACUUCAGAUCUGUAUCUUAAAACAUCUCCAGAGUUGCAGAUAAAAGGGACUGAUGCCUCUUUGGUAACUGGGUUUACUCCUCACAUGAACUUGGAUCCCACUCCUGCCUCCCCAGUAACAGGACCUAUACAAGUCACUUACUCAGAACUUCCUUCAUCUGAUGGUUUAAUCACUUCUGAAGCCACCAUGAAAAAUGUUGAGCAGCCUCCAACUACUGUUGAACCUGUGCGUUCUACCCCUAAGGCAUCACCCACCCCUAAACUGCCUUCCACUCCUAAGAGGCCUCCCCCUUCUAAAUUGCCCACCAUCCAUAAGCCACCCUCCUACCCUAAGCCUGUCUACCCUAAGCCACCCUCUCCCCCUAAACUGACCUCCAUUUCUAAAUCCCCUGCAAAACAUCGUUUGUCAGCUUAUUCCAAAGCAAUAAAGAGGCUCAAUCAUGAUGUUCAGUCCUCUUCAGGAAAGGCAACUCAUCUCUCUGUCUGCCUGCCAUGCCUUGGAUGUAAACAAAUUAAUCAACCUGAAGAAAUAAAGACUGCACUUAAAGAGCUGACCUUCAGAAACCCCUACACUUCUUGCUUUUCCCCACUUCCUCGAUGGCGGAGGCAUAGCAAAUGCCGCUGGUGUGGACGCACCUGGAGCCAUGCACUUACGAGAGCCAGUCCCUACUGGCUCAAGAGUUUAUAGCACUAUGCAAUCAAAUGUAUUUAUAUGCAGAGUUCUUCAUCUCUGCACGUGUAUGCAUGUGUAUGUGUGUCAAUGUGCAUGCAUGUAUUUUCCUUUCUGCGCUUUUGUGCACAUGCCAGUCUGAAGGUUGUGAGACUCCCACUACCAGAACACUCUGUAAAUUGUUGUACAAAGUUCUCUCCGUCAGUCAGUCUUGCAACAAUGCUGAAGGGUUUUGUUGGGAAAUCUAGUAUAUUUCCAUAGUUCCCAUGUUGUCCUCAGUUCCAGAAUGUGGAGUACAUCUGAUUUCUUGUAUGGCUUCCCUCUCCCAGUCAAAAUAUUGUACAAGAGUCCAGGUAUCUUAUGGGAUUCUGUGCACCAAGACAUUCAUUGGUAACAAGUCAAGAACUCCAUAACUAUGCAUUCUUCACUCACUCAGCAUCACUGAUGAGGGCUAUAUGUACUUUCAGGACUGUGCUUGCAGAUCAUUCCCUAUGACACCUUUUUCAGCUCAUGAGUUGAGGAUAUGUGUGUUCUAGAUUCCAUACGGUCUUACUAUUUUCUCCAUGGUAAACCCAUUCUUUAUUAAGAAAUUCCAGAUUGUGAAUAACCUAGAGCUUGAAAAAGUACAAUUAUGUAAUUGUAUUCAAAUCUAUUGAAUUUAUUUAGCUAACUCAAAACAUUAAUUUGCAUUUUUGUAAAACUAAAUUUCAGCACUUCUGGGGGGACUCAGCCUGGCAGAACAGCCUCACUGAGCUGUCGUGGGUCUCUGUUUGAUCUUUUACUCCUUUGGAGGUGUUUAGUUUCAGUGGCUACUCCAAAAGGCCUCUCAAUUUGAUGUGCAUGCUACACUCCACUUCUGACUUUCCCAACCCUCAAAAAGCAUUUUUUUUCCUCUCUCAGUUCAACCACUACUAUCACCUGGCCUUUACAACAGCUACCUACUGAGAGGACCAGGCCUGUUAGCUUCCCUUUCCUAUGUUCCCAUUCUAAGACCUUGCCAGUGCUUGAGCCUCCCACUAGCCAACAUGUGGUUACCCUGAGAACAUCCUAAUGCACAUACCACUGGAGGACUUGUAAACUGACCUGACCCUCUUAGCAAUCAUUUUAAAAUAGUGUGUCUGAAAUGGUGGAGGUUUAUGUGGCAUAGAAAACAGCUAUCUGUAUUAAAAUGAGAAAACAUUUGCUAAAAAAGAAAUGCCCAUAUUGAUACUCUCAUCAUAGCAACAGAUUGAGCAAGGGAUUCAAAAGAAAAGUGUAAACACAUAAUUCCUCUGCACAUGUCCUGAAGGAUGUUACUCUAUGGCAAGCUGCUCAACUUAUAAGUUACAGUGGUUCUAAAAGGAUCUCAUUACCUUGGAGCAAAGGCGUAGCAAGGGGGGAAAGCGCCCAGUGCACUGGUUUGUCCUCCACCCCCGUCCCCACCAUGCCCACAUAACGCCCCCGCCACACCCCCACAGGGGUGUGUGCCUGGUGUGUCACGCACCCCUCGCAGGAGCUACGCCUCCGCCUUGGAGCCUCUCCUCAGACCUGCAGUCUUCAGAAAAAGCCUAGGUGAAGAGCCCUGUUUGGCUGGAUGGAAUCAGCGUCAGAGAGACCCUCCUUGUUCCCAGGAGUUUUGACAUCUCUCCCACCCCCCCCCCCCUCUAUACCCUGCUACAGGACUGGGUGGAAUUACAGAAGGUGUGAACUGACCACUUCAUUGUAUCAGGCUAGGCGGCCUAGGCCUGCUAUUAGCAUUUUUAAAGGGUGCAUCCGGAGAGUAAUUAACUUGAUCUCCCCCCCUCCUACUUGUUCUCUGCUAAGAGAGAGAAAAACCCUUUAAAAACUGAAAAGUGAAGUUUUUGCUCAGUCCAAACCUCUAAAGAAAACUGCAUUUCUCUACAAUCAGAACCCAAACAGUCAUGGGUUUAUGAAAUCAUUGGUCAUGCCCACCAAGGAGGCAGCCACACAUAUUCCCCAAAUAGAAGGGUGGAUGCAGAUAAACUGAAUUAAUGAUUAGAGUGAUUGAUAUAAAGAAAUGCAGCAUGUAAGGACUAUGUUGGUUAAUGUGAUGUGUGUGAGACCAGAUAUUUGUGUCUGAAUGUGCGGUGUGUGUGUGGUUAAUUUGCAAAGUAUAGUACUCUUUCAGUAACCAGGAUCCUCCCACUGUUUUAGUGGGAUUCAGACCUCAAGUUAGUUGGAUUUUGAAAACAAAUGCAGGUGCACUGCCUCUCAGGAUCUUGAGCAGAAUCAGUAAGCAUCUCUUGCAGAUAUGGCAGGGAUGUUGGCUCCAUUGCUUUAGCCUCAAGGUAGUCAAUCUGCCAAACUGUUGUUCCUCUUGGAGAUGUAAUAGUGAGGAAGAAGAAAAGUAAUAUACAAAGUUACAGAAUGCAAAUUAAGUUACAAAGUUACAAAAUGCAAAUUAAGAUGUAUUAAACAAAGGUAAAAGCAAAUUGAACAAAUUAAAAGAAGUUAUAAGAACAAUAUAAAAUAGCAAUUACAGCCAAAAAGAGAAAAAAAAACAUUCAACCCACAUUAGGAACCAGCAGCUGAUGCCUAGACCAUAUCACUACUGAGAAGAAUCUUGCCACUGACAAGGUAAUCCUUAUGUUCAUGGUCUGUAUUAUUAUUUUGUAGGCCUAAGAGAACAAUAAGAUCAUAUCAUUCCAUUAAAGUCAGUGGCUUGGUCUAUAGAGCAAACUCAGAUUACUGAAAUUAGCCUUAAUUCAGCUGUUUCAUUUUCAAUGACUAAUGCCACUACAUUGGAAGGGGAUGUGAACAUUAUUUCAUACAUUGAAUCACAGCACUAACUAUCUGUGUAAUUGGGGAAAUUGCCCUCCUCAUAAAAGGGUUUGAAUACAAGCAUCUAAAGCUUUGGUCCUUCUUUCUGCCACUGCCCUUGCUCCGUUUGCAUAGACUUGCUUGUGAAAUGGAUGUAGUUUAGAAUAGGUGUCCACUAACUCCCCUGUGGACAACGGCACUUGAGCUGAGUCUCUAGCUUUGUGCAGAUCUCUUGCAUGGCACAUCUCUAAUAGAUGCUGUUGCAGCAUGUUGCAGGGGGUCUGCAUGGAAUCAAGGCAAAGCCUCUGAUGCCCUAUUUCUCUUCUUUUUUCAAAACACAAGCAGAUGCUUCUGAUACUGAAGAUCUACUGAUGGACUCAACCAGGAAAGAUUCAGAGCAGCCCACAAGUUCACACAGCAGCAGUUUCUUGCCCUUCUACUCUCUUUCCUUACUGGUGUCACCCAUUCUGUUGAGCCUUCUCUGAAGGCUGCUUCACAGUCAUCUUUACUCCUGUUUUUCAUAUUCUCGUGAGACUGAUUAUUUGUAUCUUCAUCCUGCUGUGGUUGCAACACCCAAAAGAGAAAUGAGGGUGAGAACUCUUGAAGUCUUAUUUCAUUAGGAAGUUGUGUGGCAAAUCCAUUGUGGUAAUGCAACCUACUCCUUAGUCAUGAAAUCCAGUCCCAAGAGUGGCAGGGCAAUGCAUUUUUCCCUUGAUGUGCAAAUGAAGAAGGAAAAUUACAGUUUUAUGAGCCUGAUUCACCCCAUCAUUAUCAUUAGGUGCUGUUAUCAAAUAGAAAAGGACAGUUAUCUGAUUACCUUACUGACUGGUGACUAAUUCACUUCUAUGUCAGUGGAAUAUGAGAAUAGGCCCACUGCUUUUCUAACUUCAGCCUGAAACUAUUUGAUUAUGAUGGAAUCCUGCAAAUGUUUACUGGAAUGGUACAUCAAUUGUGAAACUUAUUUUUAAGUAACGCGGUUUAGGAUUGGGAUUGUAUACCAUAGUCUCAAAUGAGUGCAACUUGUGGCUUACGAUAUUGCAGUAUCUUUUCUAGUCUAUCAUUGGCAAGCCUUGUUACCCUCCAUCUUUCAUUUGCUUCCUAGAUUCAGUGUGGUACUGUUGUGCGAAUUCUCACUAGGGUCUGGAAGACCAGGUUGGAAUCUCACUGUGUUGUGGAAGCUUGCAGGGUGACCUUGGGCCUGCCACAUAUGCUCCACCUAACCUAUCUCACGGGGUUGUGCUGAGGAUAUAGUGGAUGUGAGUAGAAGAACAUACGCUGCUUUGGGUGCCCACUGGAGAAAAAAAUGGAGCACAGAGUUAAUAAAAUCUUUUAAAAGAUUAGCAUUCUUCAAUGGCAUGUAGGUUAGUGGUCCUAAAACCAUACAAUAGCUUUGCAUAAUGGUGUUGUGCCACACUGAUGGUGCUUGUUGCUUAUAUAUCAGUGGCAAUCCACUUGGAUGUACCAGGACUGCAUUCUGAAAGACCACAGCCACACAGGCCAGGAUGUAACAAGGAUGCAUGCACUUGUUUGCCAGUACAAUGGCUCCUAACAGUUAUUUGUAAAGCCUCAAUUUAUUACUUUGUGAUGGCAGUUUUCAUCUCCCCCAUAACUUUAUCAGGCAAUGAUACCUGAUCACGUCAUCCUCAGAACAGUACAUUUUCUUAUAUCAGUCUGGGGUUGGUCCUCCCUAUUGUAUCCAAAACCUAGGGAGGUCUGAAUCCUGGUGUGGAGGUGCAGUUGGUACUUUGGGAUGCCCAGUCUUUCCUAUUGAUCUGGAGGACUGAGUUUGGUUCAGCAGAUUUGUUUUGUUUGUUGUACAUACAUCUCAUCUCCCUUGGGAGAAGAAACACUUAGUUGGUUUCCCAAAUACAUGGAAGCAUGACUUGCAACAUUUUAUAUGAAAUCUCCAAAUCAAGGACAUAUUUAAAGCCAGAAGCUAAUUACACGUUAACAGACCACAUCUUGAAUGCUCAGGAAAAUGUGUGAAGUGCUCUUCUACAAAGGCCAAAUUGCUGGACAAGUAGGAUCUUUGCACAUGUCCAGGCUUCUUUCCUCUAUCUGUCAUUGACUGAUGCAUGUAUAUUCCAGGAAAGGUUAGUAAGGAUUUCAUGACGAAACCUUCAAUGGUUGUCUGUAUUAAGAUCCAGUUGAAGGUGCUUAAUUUCUUAAAAGAAGAUCAAGAAUCAGCAAAAUUCUUACAAUUUGCUAACAUAGCUGUGGGAGAGGGGAGUGAUUAAUUCUGAAACCAUAAUUUUAUACCUUAGCAUAUAAUGCAUGUUUUUCAAUGCAUCUGGAUAGUCCCAUUCAUAAUAAAUGUUUUUGUAA